CUUUUUUAUUACCAUCUUCAGCUUUUACAAUCUGGCGAUAUAAGUUAAGAAAAUCAACUAACUCAGGAUUAUUUUCACCAGUAGGUACUGAACUUGACUGUGUAAUAAUAUUUUCUGUAGAAUCUAAAUUUUCGGUAGUCAACUCAUCAAUUAAUUUCUUUAGAUUUGUAGAACAAACUUAUUCUAGUACUAGUAAUAAGAUUGGGGUAUACGAAUUCUUGGAGGCUUUGGGAUUAUUAGAUAAUAAAUUUGAGUUAGAUGCCGAUAAUGAUAGUGAUGAAUUCUGGCUAUGUUUUGGUGAAGAUGCUUUAAAAAAGCUUUAUCGAGACCAGGAAGCUCAUCAACAUUUUAUUCUUCUUAGGCUAUUUACCAUGUGUCUUUCUAAUUUAUCUGAGCAAGCAAAAAAUGGAUUAUUUGUCACAUUUUCUAGAUCUAAUUCAUUUGAAGUAUUAGAACACAACGCAUUAUUGGAUGCUAUAGCUCAUCCUGUGAAAGGUUUAAAUCUUUUCAAAUAUGAUGAACUUGG